GGGAGCGAGAAGCCGGAGGGGGCGGCCGCGGAGUGCGGGUGGGGGCGUCGCGAAGCGCCUGAGCCUCUCCUGCCUUCUCCGGCCGCGCCCCGUCCGCCCGCAGCCCUGCGGCGCCAGGCUCGAUCCUCAGCGCUCCGGAUCCGGCAGGAGGGGCGCGCCCGUCGCGCGCAGAAUGUGGCAGCCGACACGGCUCCGGCCCCGCGCGUCCUGGCGCUGGGCGCUGGCGCUGCUGACUCUGGGCGGCGCGGGGCUGUGCCACGCCGGCCCGCAGCCCAUGCACCCCGCGCGGCCGGGAGCCAGGAACAAGAACUGGUGCGCCUACAUCGUGAACAAGAAUGUGAGCUGCUCUGUGCUGGAGGGAAGUGAGAGUUUUAUUCAGGCUCACUACAACUGUGCCUGGAACCAGAUGCCCUGUCCAUCCGCGCUGGUGUAUCGUGUGAACUUCAGACCCAGAUACGUCACCAAGUACAAGACAGUGACACAGUUGGAAUGGAGGUGCUGCCCCGGCUUUAGAGGGGGAGACUGCCAGGAAGGUCCCAGGGACCCUGUGAAGACUCCCCGCCCCACGCCCGCCCGGCCUCGAAAUAGCAUGAAGAAAGCCACAGAUAAUGAACCAAGCCAAGUCUCAGAGCCCAAGAAGACUUUGUCACCAACUCGUGCAGCGGAACCAAGCCAAACGGUAGAUCCCAAACAGGAGCCACAGGAACUUCAGGAACAGAAAAUCCAGGUGCUUGAAGAGAAGGUUCUCCGACUCACAAGAACAGUUCUUGAUCUCCAGUCUUCCAUUGCUGGAGUGAAUGAAAACCUCAAGCAUGCCAUUCAGGACGAUGCUAGCAAAAUGCUGGCAUCGUGGCUCAGUAAUCUGCACCCCCAGCCGGUGCCUGACAGUGCUGUUGGCGGAGACACAGAGACCAUCCAGCUUCCUGAUGUCCUCAACAAUAAGGGAUCUGGCAUGAAGGACAUCAAGUCUGAAUUGGCUGAGGUCAAGGAUGCUCUGAAGAACAAGAGUGACAAGCUGGAAGAGCUGGAUGGGAAGGUAAAGGGGUAUGAAGGACAGCUCAAACAGCUCCAGGAGGCUGCCCAGGGCCCUACGGUGACCAUGACGACCAAUGAGCUCUACCAAGCCUAUGUCGAUAGUAAGAUUGAUGCCCUGAGAGAGGAGCUCAUGGAGGGAAUGGACAGAAAGCUGGCCGAUCUGAAGAACUCAUGCGAGUACAAGCUGAUUGGUCUCCAACAGCAGUGUGAUGACUAUGGGAGCAGCUACCUAGGAGUGAUUGAGCUUAUAGGAGAGAAGGAAACAAACCUGAAAAAAGAAAUAAAUGAUCUUCGAGCCCGGGUACAAGAUCCUUCAGCUCAGUCAAAUUGCUGUGGUGGUGAAAAGAAUGGUGACUUUGGGCAACAGAUCAAGAUGUUAGACCAGAAAAUUGAAAGAGUUGCUGAAGCCACCAGAAUGCUGAAUGCACGACUGGACAAUGAAUUUGACCGCCUUGUAGUUCCAGAGCCAGAUGUGGACUUUGAUGCCAGAUGGAAUGAACUAGAUGCAAGGAUCAAUGUGACAGAGAAGAACGCGGAAGAACAUUGCUUUUACGUUGAAGAAACCCUUCGGGGGACCAUUAAUGGUGAGGUAGAUGACCUGAAGCAACUUCUUGAUCAGAAAAUACAGUCUUUGGAAGAGCGUCUGGGGAGUGUUCUCCUGGAGGUGGCCAACAGCACUGAGGCAGAACUCAGCCCCCCAGCCUCAGCCUUACCGGGUGUGUCAGGGGCUGGGAACAAACAGGUCCUGAUAGAGUUAAAUCACCUGAAGAACAAAGUUCAAGUUGUUGAGGAUAUUUGCCGGCAGAACUUUCAGAGAGAGCCUCAUGGCAUAGAAGAUACUUUGUCAAAUGGAGAAGACCACAUAACGGGUGAUAGUUUGAACCUUUUGAAAUCUCUGAAUGACACGUUGCAUAGGAAGUUUCAAGAAACUGAACGUAGCAUCCAGAAACUUCAACAGGAUUUUAGUUUUCUUUAUUCUCAACUAAACCACACAGAGGACGAUGUGAAUCAUCUGCAGAAUGAGCUGAGCAGCUGUAGAGAAGGUAAAAGUGCUGCAGUGGGUGGGUUUCCUAAGGGGGGCGAGCAAGGAAGGACAGUGGAGCCCCUCCCAUCUCCCUGGGACCCCAAGGCUCAUUGCUGCAGCCAGCUGGAGGAGAGGUGGCAGCACCUGCAGAACCGGGUCCUCUCUGAGCUGGACACUUGUAGGGAAAACACGCACGGGGUCCGGAGGGAUGUCUCUGUGGUUGAGAGCAGGGUAUCUCAAAUGGAGAAAACCUGCAGCAAGCUGGACUCCAUCUCAGGAAGUCUUCAGAGGAUCAAGGAUGGGCUCAACAAGCAUGUCAACAGCCUCUGGAGUUGUGUCAGGCAGAUGAAUGGGACACUCCGGUCACAUUCCAGAGACAUAUCUGGCCUGAAGAAUUCAGUCCAGCAGUUCUAUAGCCACGUUUUCCAGAUUUCUACCGACUUGCAAGAUCUGAUCAAAUUUCAGCCAUCAGCAACCGAGGAGCCCUCAGAAGCGCCGCUGCCCCUGCCCCAAGGAAAGACCCCGCAGGUGCCUGGAAGGCCCUCCCACCCGGCUCUGGAGGAGGCCCCCACGGAGGCCUCUCAUCCCGAGCCGACCCCUCUGCCGACACCGAGCGCUCCCCCACUUCCUGAGGACCCCAGAAGAUGGCCACACACAGGCCAGCGGCCUGUCCUGCCCAAGAGACCCCCGCACCCGCUGCCCCCACCAACAUGGCCGGGCUGGACAGGGAUGCCCUACUUGCCUGGCUCCACCGGGGUCAUUAUGGAGACUGGAGAGGCCGGGCCUCCGGGGAGGAUGGGCGUGUCGGGGAGGGGCCUGCCCCAAGGAGUGGACGGCCAGACGGGGCAGGGGCCCAUCCCCAGCGCUGAAGGCUUUGCGGGAGCACCAGGAUACCCCAACUCCCCUCCGGUAACCUCCCCAGGGGUUCCAGUGCCUUCUCUGGUGUCUUUCUCUGCGGGGCUCACUCAGAAGCCUUUCCCCAGCGAUGGGGGCGUCGUCCUCUUUAACAAAGUGCUGGUGAACGAUGGAGAUGUGUACAACCCCAACACUGGCAUCUUCACGGCUCCGUAUGAUGGGCGCUACCUGAUCACGGCCACCCUCACUCCUGAGAGGGACACGUACGUGGAAGCUGUCCUGUCGGUCUCCAAUGCCAGUGUGGCCCAGCUGCAUACGGCCGGCUACAAGAGGGAGUUCCUGGAGUACCACCGGCCCCAGGGGGCUCUGCACACUUGUGGGGGCCCGGGGGCGUUCCACCUCGUCGUGCACUUGAAGGCAGGAGAUGGUGUCAACAUCGUGGUGACUGGGGGCCGGUUGGCUCACACGGACUUUGAUGAAAUGUACUCCACGUUUAGUGGGGUUUUCUUAUAUCCUUUCCUUUCUCACCUCUAGGGUGGCUGGGGAAAGGUAUUGGGAAAGAUAGUCGUAAGAACUGGGAAGCUUUAAUAUAUGCAGUUUCUGAUGUAUGUAACUGGAGCACUGAUCUAGUUUUCUGUGAACAUCCCAACCCCUCCCCUGAGAUUCAGGCCUGCCGUGGCUGCUGAGGCCACACACCUGAGUGUUCCCCAGCGGGUGGCAAGGACACGUGCCUGACAGGGCCACGGCCUGCUGUCACUGCGCCCAGCUACCUGAGGAGCAGCGUCCUCCCUCCCCUGCAGCCUCCAGUGCUGGUGCCGCAUCAGCAGGAGCUCUGCUCCAGGGGCCUGCAUGGGGCCGAUUGGGUGCCCACUGCGGAGCACGACCUGCUGCUGGAGGAGGGAGAGCUGCUGGGCUACAAGGCGGAGGGGAUGAGGGCAGGCCAGGUGGUGCCGGUGGCCACAGUCUUUCUUUAUGCACAGCGCCUGCAGGAGAAGGUUAAAAACUCAAGGGCUGAAGCCGCACGUGCCACCACAGAGACCUGGGGGCAAGGUGCAGGCUGGCCUGGGCUGGCUCUGCCUCGUGCUCCGGGCCCUGGCCCAGCGGUACAGGCGGGCCGGGAGACUGUGCGGCCUGUGGGGCUCCUUGAAUGACGUGUACAUGUGAAGUGCAAAGACAGGGAGUGUCAAUAAAGAUGUAAAACCACUUCAAGUUA